AUGGACUCAAACGUUUAUAUUGGAUCUAUCCCGUUCGAUCAAACUGAGGAGCAGGUAAUGGAGAUAGCCAAGUCUAUUGGUCCCGUUGUCGACAUGAAGUUGCUCUUCGAUCCCAUGACGGGGAAGUCAAGAGGAUACGCCUUUGUCAAGUACAUUGAUCACGAGACCGCUGCUUCAGCAGUUAGAAACUUGAAUAACUUGCCCAUUGGGAAUAGAAACUUAAAAUGCUCCUAUGCCGCCGAAAACUCCAUGGAACUGGAGUUGGGAGUAGUUGGUAGUGCUCAAGGUUCAGGGUCUGGCGCAGGUUCUGCAUCCGGAGCCGGAUCUGGAUCGUCUUCAUCGUUACCUAUUUUACCGCCUGGUAUGUCGUUGUUUCCCAAUCAAACCGCUCCCCAAGCGGUAUCUGCGGUGCUAUCCACACUAGACCAAUCUCAGUUUCUUCAGCUCCUUAUUGAAGCUAAGAAAAUGUGUCAAACAAAUCCACAAUUGGCUCAGUCCUUGUUUGAACAGAGUCCGCAGUUGGCCCAUGCUUUAGUGGAGUCUCUGUUAAUCUUACACUUGACUACCCCAGACAUCAUUCAGUUGUGCUUAAAUAAACCCGAAAUAGAAUUGGAGCAGUUGACUCCUGACCAUGAACAAUUAUUGCAGAGCGUGUCUAGGUUGACGGAACAGGAAUUGAAGGUAUUAAGUCCAGAGAAGCGAGAAAUAGUGUUGAAAAUCAAGAAGGAGAUCGAAAAGGGAUCGUACGGUACUAUACCGAACACAGCUGGGGGCUCCUAG